AUGACGUUUUCUUUUCAAUUUUUUAAUCAUUUUCUCUCUUUCUUUUUUUUCUAUUUCUUUCUUUUUCUUUCUUUUUUCCUUUUUCCUUUUGUUCUUUUCUUUUUUUUUCAAUUCUUUCUUUCUUUUUCUUCUUUCUUUCUCUUUCCUUUCUUUCUCUUUCUUUUUCUAUUCUUUCUUUUUCUUUUUUCUUUCUUUUUUCAUUCUUUGUUUUUUCUUUCUUUCUUUCAUUUUCCAUUCUUUCUUUUUUUUCCCUCUUUCUUUCCUUUUCUAUUCUUUCUUUCUUUCAUUCUCUCUUUCCUUUCUUUUUCCUCUUUCUUUCUUUUUUCCAUUCUUUCUUUCUUUUUUCCUCUUUCUCUCAUUCUUUCUUUCUCUUUCUUUUUCUAUUCUUUCUUUUUCUUUUUUCUUUCUUUUUUCAUUCUUGGUUUUUCUUUCUUUCUUUCAUUUUCCAUUCUUUCUUUCUUUUUUCCUCUUUCUUUUAUUUUCUAUUCUUUCUUUCUUUCAUUCUCUCUUUCCUUUCGUUUUCCUCUUUCUUUCUUUUUUCCAUUCUUUCUUUCUUUUUUCCUCUUUCUCUCAUUCUUUCUUUCUUUCUUUCUUUCUUUCUUUCUUUCUUUCUUUCUUUCUUUCUCCUCUAAUCAUUUCUGUAACACUUUCUCUGUUCCUUUAAUGUCUUUCGUAUCCACGUUAGGUUUUUCUUUGUCUUUUUUCGUCUCCUUUGUUUCUUUUCCUUUUCCGUUCGGUUUUCUUUCUCACCCGUGCGUUUCCUUCCUUGUUUCUCCCUUUAUCUCUUUCUCUCGCUUGUAA